CCAGCCCGAGGUCCGAAUGGCCGCCAAUGUGGGUGACCAGCGCAGCGCCGAGUGGGCAGCCCAGUACAGCCUGGGGAGCGGGCCGGCCAGGGAGGGCGGCAUGGACGCGCCCAUGCACGAGAAUCCCGAAUGGGAGAAGGCCCGCCAGGCCCUGGCCAGCAUCAGCAAGGCCGGUGCCACGGCCAGCUCGGCCAAGAGCAGCAGCAACGGCCAGGUGGCCGCUGCCCAGUGUAUUUCGGAGCACCUGGGAGGAGGGUGUGUGUCUGUGUCCCUCACUCUGUGCCCUGCCCCCCCACCUGUGUCCCUUCAGUAUGUGGCUCAGGCCGAUGCAGCCGCGCUCCAGCAGCAGCAGUAUUACCAGUGGUACCAGCAAUACAACUAUGCCUACCCCUACAAUUACUAUUACCCUAUGAACAUGUACCAAAGCUAUGGCUCCCCAGGCCAGUACAGCCUGACCACCACCUAUGCGACAGCAGCACCACAGCAGGCAGCGACUCCUGGGCAGCACCAGGGAGCUCUCACCCAGCCUCCUGUUCCUGGCAUGGAAGACACGAUGUCCUACCCGGCCCCUCCUCAGCAGUUACCAGCAGCCCAGCCCCCUCAGCCACCCCCACCCCCCCAACACACAGGCCACACGAUGGGGAGCGGGGCUCAGCCCGGGGCCUCCCCGGGCCAGCAUGGGCAAGCUAGCCCGGUCACCAGUCAGGCUUAUGGGCAGCACAGUUACUCAGAACCUCCCAAGCCCAAGAAAGGACAGCAGCUGUGGAACCGUAUGAAACAAGCCCCAGGGGCAGGAAGCGUCAAGUUCAACAUCCAGAAACGGCCCUUUGUGGUCACCAGCCAGAACUUUAGCUCUAGCUCUGAGGGACAGCACAGCGGCUUUGGGACCCAGGCCAAUCCGGACAAGCCGCAGAGCCACAGCAUGCCCCAAAAUCGGAACUUAUCGGGGAAGCCCGAAGACUGGCCCCAGGACAUGAAAGAGUAUGUGCAGCGGUGCUUCACCGCCUGCGAGUCUGAGGAGGAUAAGGACCGGACGGAGAAGCUUCUCAAAGAGGUCCUGCAGGCCCGGCUCCAGGACGGCUCGGCCUAUACCAUUGACUGGAGCCGAGAGCCGCUGCCGGGGCUGAGCAGGGAUUCUGCAACUGAGAGCCCCAAGAAGAAGCGGUGGGAAGCCUCAGCUGUCCUGCACCCUGCCCGAGGAGCGGGGGGAGCACCGCGGGGCGGUGGGACUCAGCCCCAGCGGGGGGCGGGGGGCACUGGGAGCGCUGGCCGGGGCCGCGGCAGCGGCUUCGGCACCAAGUUUGGGAAUCGGAAUGUGUUCAUGAAGGAUAACAGCUCCUCCUCAAGCACAGACUCCCGCUCCCGCUCUUCCUCCCGCUCCCCUUCCCGGCAUUUCCGCCGCAGUGACUCACACUCAGACUCUGACAGCUCCUACUCGGGCAGCGAGUGUCAUCCAGGGGGCCGAAGAAAUCCGCCACCCAAAGGCCGGGGCGGCCGGGGUGCUCACGUGGACCGGGGCCGAGGGCGUGUGCAGCGUGGGAAAAGACAUGACCUCGUCCCCGCCAAGCGCAGUCGCAAGAAGCCGGUGGCAGCCAUGGAGUGUGAGGACCCUGAGCGGGAGCUGAAGAAACAGAAGCGGGCCGCUCGAUUCCAACAUGGGCAUUCUCGGCGCCUACGCCUGGAGCCUUUGAUACUACAGAUGGGCAGCCUGGAUGGUGGGAGCACCGACCCUGACUGGAAUGAGCUCAAGAUUGUGGGAACCUGCCCGGACAUCACCAAACACUACCUCCGACUUACCUGUGCGCCAGACCCCUCCACUGUGAGGCCUGUGGCUGUAUUGAAGAAGUCGCUGUCCAUGGUGAAGUCUCACUGGAAGGAGAAGCAGGAUUAUGCCUUUGCCUGUGAACAGAUGAAGUCCAUUCGGCAGGACCUGACCGUACAAGGCGUCCGAACAGAGUUCACGGUGGAGGUGUAUGAGACACACGCGCGUAUCGCCCUGGAAAAGGGUGACCAUGAAGAGUUUAACCAGUGCCAGACGCAGCUGAAGUCACUAUACACAGAGAGCCUGCCAGGCAACGUAGGGGAGUUCACUGCCUAUCGCAUCCUCUACUACAUGUUCACCAAGAACUCUGGGGACAUCACCACAGAACUGGCUUACUUGACGCGAGAGCUGAAGGCAGACCCCUGUGUCGCCCAUGCUCUGGCACUGCGGGCAGCCUGGGCCCUGGGCAACUACCACCGUUUCUUCCAGCUCUACCGGAAUGCACCCUGCAUGUCUGGCUACCUCGUGGACAAAUUUGCUGAUAGGGAACGGAAGGCUGCUCUCAAGGCCAUGAUCAAAACGUAUGUGAGGGCUGCCCAGUCCCCCCACAUCCUCAUUGCUGUGCCUGCCCCCUCCCAUCUGCCUGCUGUUCAUCUCUCCUCUUCUCCCUUUGCCCCCAUCGCCGGUCCCCUCCCUCCUCACUGGCUGGCCCUCCCGGUGUGCCGGCCCCCUACCCCCUUGCAUUCUUCCUUCUCUCAGCUCCUGUCUCAUUUGUUGUCCCUGGCUCAUCCUUCAUCCUUCCCACCAGCUCCUCUGGCAUCUCCCACUUCUGACCUUUUGUCUCUUGUCUUCCUCUUAGCCCCCCACCCUUUCCUCUUGUUCCUUCCGAAGCCUCUAUUCAUAUCUGUCUGUCAUACGUGGUUUCUGAGUUAGUUUAGAAGCAUCGUUAAGCAGUCACUGGGCUGAGUCAUAGAUAAGGCCCAGGAUCUGUUUGGGGGCAGUCCCCCGGCCCGGCGGGCCUUUGGGAGAGAGUCUCAACUUCAGAAGGUCCUCAUGAGCCAUCUAGUCCAGCCCGGGCCCCCCAGAGGAAGCCCCUUUAGGAUGUCCUUGAAAAGUGGCGGUGCCGCUUUGGCCUCUGAGAGGGCUCGGGACGCUGCUGGAGAGUCUCGGGUUUUUCCUGCCCUUCAGCCUCAGGUGGCCUCUUGGCAGCUUCUCCCCAUCGCUCCCAGGCCUCCCUUCCGGGACAAGCCUUGGAGUCCUUGCAGCUGGUUCUCACGCCCUGCCGAGACGUCUGCAUUGCAGGGCAGGCACCCCUGGUUUGGCUAACUGGUCCUCCCGGGUCCCCCGCCUUGGGCAGCUUUUGAGCUAAUUGCUGUCCUACUUCCAGUGUGACUUCCAGAAGUGCACACAGGACUCUCCAGGUGGGGGCUGUGCAGGUGGACCCCAGGCCUCCUUGUUGCUAUAUGUUGUGCCCCAGAUGGCAUGCGUGGUGCUGGCUCCUGUGGUGUCGGAAGGCCAGGAAGGCCCCAGACCAGCUCCCUGUGUGGAGCCUGGGGGGAGGUGGUUGACUUCCUCUGGAUCCCCCUGGAAUCUCAUCUUCCUAGGUUCAGCCCCAUGUGGUAGGCUUUCAGAAGUCACCCAGUGUGGGACUGCUGUGCCCAGAUUUGCGGCAGCUGUGCUCUGGUCACUUGGCCAUCUCUGCCUUUAUUUAUUCAAGUCAUUGGUAGGAUUAUUAAGGGUCCGUGGGAUUCUCUGCUAGAGAUGGGCAGGGUGAGGUGCAGAGCAAGUGGAUGUGUCAGAGGCCUUGGGUUCGAAUUCCGCCUCAGACGAUGUGCUAUUUGUGUGACCUUGGGCUAGUUCCUAAAUCCCCCUGGGCCUCAGUUUCCUCAUCUGUAAAAACAAACACAGAAAGGCUGGGCUAGAUGGCCUCUGAGCUCCUGGCUAAGUGAAGCUGUGUAUGCUUGAGCCUUCCAAAGUGACACCGAGCUAGCCAUUCACGUGUCAGCUUUGGUACCAGCUGUUCGGAGGUUAGGUGGCAUCGUUAUUGCACGGACUCUCUUCUAACCCACAGCUUUUUCCGGGUGACUAUCUGAUGCUUUGUCUAGGCAGACUAGAGGGUGUGCCCCUGAUGGAGCAGCUCAGUAGCUCUGUCCAGAAAGGAAAGGUCAGUGGGACCCGAUCUCUUUUGGGGGAAGCCACCUGUGCUGGCUCCUCUGCAUUCUCCAGCCCGCCUGUCCCCUUGGCAUUUGCCAGUGUCUCAGGGUUAUCCAUCUGCUUUUGGCUCAGCCCCAUCUUGGGCCUUACCUGUGGUACCCAACGAUGAUGUUUCUGUAGGUCAGGGGCCUUGGACUUCUCCGGGACACUUGGUCAUCUCUGUCCUGGGUGGCAGUGCCCUCUUGGCCAGGCGUCUCUCCGUCUUUUCCCCAGAGCUCCCCUUGGGCGUGCCCGCUCUCCCUUGACCACCCAGUAGUGAGCCUACCCCACUUGGACACAUCAUUGAUCCUCUUUUCCAAGGCUGCCAUUGGAAGAACCACCGUUUGCUUGUCUGGCAUUCUGAGCCUUACGCAGCUAGCCUGUGUUUCCUGUUUGUCUCUAUGGACUUGUUCUUGCUGCCGUCUUCUGUAUGUGGACUUUAGUUUCAUGUAGAACAGGGCUUGCCGAACUCCAGCCCUCAGGCCUGUGGGGAGUUUUUAUAUUGUAGUUUUACAGUUUUACUAAACAAUGCAAGCAAGGAAGGAGACUCACAAACACAUAGUUACUAAGUGGCGACUCUGUGCCAGAUGCUGCAUGGCUGCUGGGUGCUAAGCACUUUUCAGCUUUAUUUCAUUUGAUUCUCACAACAUGCCUGAAAGGAAAAUACUGGUUUUUUUUUUUUCACCAAUCUACACGUGGAGAAACGGGGGCAGAGGUAAAGUGCUUUGCCCAGAGUCACACAGCUAGUUAAGUAUCUGAAGCAGGAUUGAAACUCUUCUUUCUCACUCCUGGCGUGGCGCUCUGCGCACUGUGACGCCCCAUCGCUGCGUAGGUGAAACAGCAGGAACUUAGGGGUUGAGUUCCUCUGCUGUGGCUAGGCCGCAGUGAGACCCUCACUCACUUGGGGGAAGAGCCUGAGGCAUGAGGAGUGGAAGGCCUUUAUGCACAUAGGCCAAGGCAGAUCUCGCCUCGUGAAAGGUCCGUGGUCAUCUGCACAGGCUUCUUCAGGCGGCCCCCUUUUUUUCUCUGCGUCUCCUUCAGACCAUGCCACCCUUCUUGGCCAGUUUCCUCAGCAGAAUUUUAGACUGUUGGGGUCCCUGUGAUUCUUUGUUUGACACCUUGGAAAACUCCCCAAACCUGGGUGGCCCAUGAGGCUGGGCCUAGCUGCCCCGACAGGCCCCCUCCUCCACCGAUCCGACCCAGAAGCAGGAGGUCCUUAGCGGCUCCGCUCUUGUCAGAGAGCCCCUAGUGUCGACAGGUAGCUGCACUACUCCCUGGCGUCCCUCGCCUGGGCUUGGGCGCUUUGCCCCAGUUGUGGGCAGGCACCCUAGAGUCUGCUUGGGGCGUGGUUCUUAGCUCUGAAUCCUGAUCUUUCUCUCAUAAAUAUAUCUUAACAUAACCUGAUGCUGCCCUGACUUUCACCCCGUUAACUGCUCUGUUUGCUGAGAGCAAAGGAAACCUUUCUGGAGGCAUUUUCUGGUCGUGGGUCUCAGGCCAGCGAGGGUCUGGAAUGUCGAGGUUCCAGCUCGCUCCUUGCGACGUUCUCUCGUUCUUGUGCUUGGAGCUUCCUCGCUGUGCUUCAGACAUUUGUGUGUAGACCGGCACAGCUGACCUUUUCUACUGGCUCUUCUCUAGCCCAUGUGGCCAUCUCCAUGGCCAGUCUCUCGUAGCUGCUCACGCUCUAGGACGUGUAGCAAGAACCACGUGCCGGCCAGUUUUCAGUCUGAGGAAAGGCCUUUUGUUUGCCCAGAGCCAGGCAGAUACUCUGCUGUUGGGAUGACUCCUGAUCUGGACAGGAAGCUGUCCCUCCUGUCCUCAGGCAGCAGCCAGGCUGAGGCUGGGGCACGGCUUUGAUGCAUACUCCAGUCUGCACGGAAGGAGCACUCGUGCAAAAUUGGACUGGAAAACAAACUUGUGUGUCUCCACCAAGCUUUCCCAUCUGCAGUUGGCUUCCUUAGGAAGUCCGUCAGAAUGCCGAGGUUUCAGAUCAUAGGACUUAGAACUGGGAGAGACCUUCAGGAACAUCUAGUCUACCGCCCGGUUUUACCAGUGAGACAUGUGGGGGCCCCCAGGGAAGGGAGUGCCCAAGGUCCUUCAAGGAGCUGAGCACAGAUUUGAACCCAGGUCUUCUGACUUGAAAGCCAGUGCUGGGCUGACCAGCUCUUGGAGCCUGCCCUGGGGCCCGGCAGCCCGGAUGGUGGUUGCAGGGCACGCUGCUGAGGCCACAGCCGGGAGAGUGCAGGGCUGGCCAAGUCUUCUAGAUGGAGCUGCCCUUCCAGUCUUGCUGAUCUGGGGCCUUGUCUGGGGCUUCUGGGGCCCCUUGACGCGUGCCGGCUGUUUGUGUUGCUUCCUUGUGAGUGCCCGUGUGUGGUGUGUGCCCUGUGGGUGGCUGGCUGGUUAGCUGCUCCUGGUGUGCAUGUGUGCGUGUCCGUCCGCAAGCCUUGGCUUCCUCCUGCCCUGUAGCUAGCUUGUUUCUCUUUCCCUCUGUCUUCCUUCUCCCAGCUCCACAGCCUGAGCUGUGCCCCACUCUGAGGGCUGGGAGCCUCGGACUCCUGGCUCCUUUACCCUCUGUCCUUGUCUUUGCCCCCUCUCUUUCCCCUACCUCCCUGCACAGGUAAGUGGGCGCGAAGGGUGCCGGGGUGGGCUUGGCAGCGGCCAGUGGAGCCUGCCUUUUGCUCUGGGGGGGUGGGCAUCCUGGGGGCCCCAGUCGGGCCCCUCAGCUGGGACUGGGGGUGGGGGUUGGCGGACGACCCAUUUCCUGUGGGUUCCUGGGCCCCGUCUCUUCCCCCCGCCCUUCAUCCAUGUCUCCUCUUGUCUCCAUAGCUUCCGCCCGGCGCUGCCCGUCUCCUUCGUGCAGGGGGAGCUGGCCUUCGAGGGCGAGGCCGCCUGCCGAGCCUUUCUGGCCCCCUUGGGCC